AUGUCCUACACAAUUGCUGGCCGCAAGGUCCUUAACGAGCACAUUGCUCUCGCCGUUUUGGGCGCUUACGGUGCUAUCGCCGCUACUCAGAUGGGUGGUAGCAAGGAGGCUAAGGCAGCCGCUUCCGGUGCCAGCCCCGAUGCCAAGGCUAACGAUCCCCCUAUCAACGCUUCCAGCUCUGACGAGGAGGCCUUCGUUAAGCAAUUCCUUGCUGAGGCUGAGGGCAAGGAGGGUGCUGACCGUCUCGUUUAA